AUGUAUAAACGAUUUAUUCCAAUUUCAAGCAUCAAUUUAAAUUCUUCAAGUAUUAACAUAAAUAAUAUAUUUAAUAAUUUUAAAAGAAAAAGGAUCAUUAUAGAUAAAGGAAAUCACCAUAGAUAUAAACGAUCAACACAUCCUACAUCUGUUCCAUUACAUAAAAUUUUUAAUAAUAAUUUCCCCUUGUCUAUAAAACAAUCAUUUAAAGAUUUUAAACAAUGUGAUCCAUUAAAGUUCCAACAUGAUUUGUUAUCUUUACUUCCAUUUUAUCCAAAUUGUGAUAAAUUAGGUAGAUCUUCUGAAAUUUUAAAAAUCCAAAUAGAUCAAAAUGGAAAUUAUAUAAAUGAAUUUGUAAUAUAUCCAAAGAAUAAAAAUUCCAAUAUGAAACAUUUAAUAAUGAUACAUGGAUACGGAGCAGGUCUUGGUUUUUAUUUAAAAAACUUUGAUGAGAUUUCUAAACCUGAUAAUUGGUGUAUUCAUGCAAUUGAUUUAUUUGGAUAUGGAUGUUCAUCAAGACCAAUAUUUCAUCCAAAUAAUUUAGAAGAAGUUGAAGCUUGGUUUCAUGAUUCAUUUGAAAAGUAUUUAAAAAAUAAGCAGAUUAAUCCCGAUGAUUGUUUAAUUAUGGCUCAUUCAAUGGGUGCUUAUCUUUUAUCAUCAUAUGGUAUUAAAAAGGAUGCAAAUUUUUGUAAAAAAUUAAUUUGUAUUUCACCUGGUGCUAUUAUAAAACAUAGGAAACCAGUAUUUGUACCAGAAUAUUUUAAAAAAUUAUGGGAAAGAAAUAUUUCUCCAUUUACAUUAGUUCGUAAAUUUGGUCCACUUGGUUCAAAAUUAGUUUCUGGUUGGUCUUAUCGUAGAUUUGCCAAAUUGAGUAAAAAAGAGAUUGAAAAUUUACACAGAUAUAGUUAUGGAAUUUUUACAAGUCCUGGAUCAGGAGAGUAUAUGCUAAAUUAUUUAUUAGAACCAGGAGCAAAUGCAAGAUAUCCAUUAAUUGAAAGAGGAAUACAUAAAAUUAAUUUCAAAAUUAGUUGGUGGUAUGGAAAAGAAGAUUGGAUGGAUAAAAAAGGAGGAGAAUUAUGUUCAAAAAUCAUAAAUAAUUAUCAUAAAUUACAACUUUCAGAUGUUAAAAUUGUAGAGAAUUCAGGUCAUCAUAUUUAUUUAGAUAAUAUUGAAAAAUUUAAUUCAAUGAUAAUUGAAGAAAUGAAACAAUUAGAAUAG